UUUGAUCCGUUAGGACUUUUGUCACCCAUGACAUUUUUCACAAAACACGUCAUGCAGCAGCUGUGGACCUCCGGUGUCGCCUGGGAUGAUCCAGUCCCCCCUGAGAUUGCUUCCCUGUGGGCCCGAUAUCAGUCUGAACUGCAGUUAGUUGAAACCAUUAGCAUUCCUCGUCGUAUUACUUAUGAUCAUGCUAUUUCUGUACAACUCCAUGCCUUUUCCGAUAGCUCUGAGAAAGGUUAUGCCGCGGCAGUAUACCUCCGUGUAGUGACAGUCACGUCUGUGUAUUGUCAUCUCAUAACAGGAAAGUCAAAAGUGGCACCUCUCAAGCGAUCCACAAUUCCCCGUCUGGAACUGUGUGGUGCCGUAUUGGCUUCGAAACUCCUCCGAUUGGUUGCUGACUCCUACACUAAUCGCCUAACUAUUGACGAACUCCACGCCUGGACUGACUCCACCACCGUUCUCGUUUGGAUUAGAUCUUCCCCUCAUCGAUGGGCCACAUUCAUCGCGAAUCGAACCAGUUUGAUUCACGAUUUGACCACACCUGCAAUUUGGCGCCAUGUUCCCACGAAGGAGAAUCCAGUUGAUUGCGCAUCGCGUGGACUGUUUCCUUCCGAACUCCUCAACCACGUACUGUGGUGGACUGGUCCAUCUUUUUUAUUGAGUCCUCCAGACAAGUGGCCAACAUUACUGUUAACCGAACUUGAAGAUUACAGUGGGCCCCCCUCUCAGGAAGCACGGGUACCUACUGUUCUCACCGUCACUGUAGACGUCCCGAUAAUCGACUUGUUAAAUCGCAUAUCAUCUCUGCGGAAGAUCCUUCGUGUAAUCGCCUAUUGUUUUCGAUUUUUCAAGCCCCGGUCUGACGCCCCCAUUAGCAACAUUAUAAAUGCGACAGAGAUAACUCGUGCUCUCUCUGCAUUAGUCUACUUGGUCCAACGUCAAACUUUUGCCGUCGAAAUUGCAGCUCUGUCAAACGGUCUUCCCUGCUCAAAAUCUCUCCGACGUUUAGACCUGUUUCUUGACCCGGUUGGUAUUCUCAGAGUGGGCGGUCGGCUUCGCAACGCAGAUAUUCCAUACAGUCACAAACAUCCUGCUUUGUUGCCGUCCCGUCAUCGGUUAACUGAUCUAAUCAUUGAUCAUAACCAUUGUGUGUUAAGCCAUCCAGGAGCCAUGACACUCCAAUCACAUUUACAACGUGAGUUUUGGAUACUGUCAGGGAGGCAGGCUAUUAGGUCCCGGCUGCGAUUAUGUGUUCCAUGUUUUCGCACGAGACCUCAAACGGUUCAACCAAAAAUGGCUGCUCUUCCUAAAUACAGAGUACAACAGAUAAAACCAUUUGCUAUCUCAGGCGUUGAUUAUGCUGGCCCGAUAUCUGUAAAAGGAUCAGGUGGGCGCGCAUCAUCCAGGAUCUCUGCCUACAUUUGUUUAUUCGUCUGUACCGUAACAAAAGCAUUACACAUAGAGCUCAGCUCUGACCUGUCAACGGAAACUUUCCUCCUAGCUUUCACUCGUUUUGCUGCUCGUCGUGGACCGAUCAAAGAGAUCCAUAGUGAUUGUGGUACUAAUUUCGUUGGUGCCGCGAAUCUCUUAAACCCGCUACAUAACUUCAUCGCAUCAGAAACCUAUCAACACAGUGUACGAAAUCAUUUGUCCAAGGACCAAAUUACUUGGUUUUUCAAUCCUCCUUCUUCUCCUCACUUUGGAGGACUCUGGGAAGCUGGAGUAAAGUCGACUAAGUCGUUAAUUUUUCGAUCCAUUGGAACCCAUAGACUCACAAGUGAAGAACUGAUCACUUUGCUGACAAAAAUUGAAGCCACUCUAAAUUCACGGCCUUUGUGUGCCCUUAGCAAUGAUCCAAAAGAUUUAGAAGCUUUGACGCCAAGCCAUUUUUUAACGCUGGAACCAUCGACAUCUCUUCCGGACCCUUGUUUGGAAAACGUACCACUCUCAAAAAUGCAGCGUUGGCGCUUAGUGACUGAUCUCCACCGUUACUUCUGGACCAGAUGGAAAAAUGAAUAUUUAUCUACUCUCCAGCUGCGAACAAAAUGGUCUGAUGAUGGAAAGCAGCUGAAUGUUGGAGACCUCGUCCUAAUAAAGGAACCCUCGCAUCCGCUGUAUUGGAGAUACGGACGUAUCACGGACCUCCACCCUGGUGCAGACGGAGUGUCCCGCGUUGCUACUGUCCACACGUCGUCUGGAGUUCUAACUCGGCCAGCUGUCAAGUUGUGUCCAGUGCCUUCUUGUUGAAGUUCCUUCAAAGUGGGCGGUGAUGUUGGCGCUGAAUAUUACAAACAGUGAUAUGCUAAUGAGCGCGACGGCACGAUCGUCUUAUCGGUCAGUCCCACCUUCCACUCAUCUCUUGUUCCUAUCUUUAUUCCUUGUGUUGUUAUUAUUAUUGAUUAUUAGAAUCACCUUAUUUAUUGUCUUUGUUUUUAUUUGUAUUAUCUAAAUCGUUCUUGUGUUGUUUUCCUAUUAUCAUUAUCAUUGCGGCCAACGCCCUUGUAGUCAUAACAUUAUUAAUUAUUAUUAUUGUUUUUUCUGUCGUCGUAAUACUUUUAUUAUUCCGCUAUUGCAGCGUUUUGUUUUGUCGUUUAUUGUUUUUGUUACAAUCUUGUCGGGUGUUCGGGUGUAUGUAUUUAUUGGUACACACACCAAGCACCAAAUAUAUAUAUAUUGUGUCCGUAUUUUUUUGGUACACACCAAUCUAUUAUUUUUGUAAAUCUUCGAUAUGUACAAACGGACUGUCUGGUCAUUGUGAUCAACCCAAUUAGUAUUGUUACUGCGGUGAUACGUGCGACGCUGCUGGAAGCCGUCACUGCCUUAUUAUUGUUCAAAUUAAACGGCCACAUAUUAUUAUCAAUUACACCGUGAGUUAUUCUUUAUAUUUAACUAUACUAUUGCCAUCCGUGGGUCACCUGAUCCGCCGGCUUGUACGCACACUGUGCGCCUCACCGUCACCAAGUACCAUCUACUCCCGCGUAAGUCCGCCAGCACUCGCCGUAGUGUGUGAGAGGCCGCCCAGGUCGUCGGAAUCCACAUCCAACAGGUGUCUCCACUGUGGGCAGGCUGUCCGGGUCAACAAGACUUCAAUAGUUUUAAGUUUAGUUAUUAAGGUUAGCCGACUCAUGUGAGCUCCGUGGUCAUUGCACAUGUCCUAACCGACUACGGAGACCCCCCCCCCAAUAACUAAAUUCUAUCAUCUUGUUUCCCUCAACACCAUCACGUCCCUUUCCUAAUCAAACGUCAUCGUUGUCGUCGUGUAUGUUAAGUUGCCUACCCACUUUAUAAAAGGCGACAUAAACAAACAUAAUUUACUAAUCACUUUUUUUGGUCUCGAUUAAUCAUCGAGUGGUCCUUCGGGAAUUUACUACGUCAGCUGUCCUGGCGUACACAAAAGCCAUUUUACGGGCAUAAUGACAGACAUUUAAGAUUAAUAUCUGAAUCAUAGCGCAAAAUUAUUAUUAAUUACACAUAUUUUACUUUUACCGUUAAUAACAUAAUAUUUAUUUCUUAGUAAUUUAAUAAGUUUCUAAUAUUUUUUUACAAAUUACCGAUACAUCGAUAUUUUUAUGUUGCAUUGUUGUCUAUGUUUUAAUCUGUAAGCACAUUUCAACCGUUAUAAGUACCACGAUUUUGGCUCACCCACACAUUUACUAACAUCCUCAUCAGAACGACAUUAUAAUGAUUAUUAUGAUUCUAAUCAUGCGGGAUUUUAUUUGAAUAUCAUGGACACGAAUCAUUUUAAUCGCUUAUAUAACUUAAGUUCCUUUACACUUUUAUAAUGUCAUGGGGAUUUAUCCUACAAAAAGUGGUGCCGAAAUGCUGAACUCGAUCAUACAAUCGUUAAUUACACCUACGUAGGUAUGAGGAGGAUCCUGGUAAAUGGUUACAUCGAAGUUCAAGGUAAAGAUGGGUGUGUGGAUCAUUGAAGAUAACUCCAUAUUGUAAUUACACAUACCCGCACGGCCUCACAUAUUUAAAUAUAUAAAUAUGCUGCGGUUUAUAAUGCGAAAUGUUUAGUAUGGCUAAAAUUAACUUGGCGUUGGUUUUAAAAAUAAUAAAAUUAAACUGAAAAAUACCAACUAAAACAUACUCCGCAUUAUCCUUAAAAUAUUAGUGACACAUAAAUUAUAAUGAAUAAACAAAUCGUAAGUAUAGGUACAUAUCCUGUAACGGUUGUAACUGUUACGCUGCGACUGUCCUGACCGCAUCAUGAAUGUUUAAUAACUAAUAUUUAUAAUUAUUAUUACGUAUUUUAAAAUGAAACACCUGUACAAGAUUAGCAAUACGAUAGAUCAUUUUAUUUCGAUCGCUUACCUAUUUUAUAACAUCAAUUAUAAUAUUAUGGUCCUAUUGUUUUAUUUUUAUUUUUAAUAUCGUACGUAUGAGCACAGGCGCAAAUAGCGUUUGG